GGGCGCGAGGAGCAGUGCGGCCUGGGCUGCGGUUCGCUGUUCCAGCCGCUGCGGGAGAGGUACAGCGAUGAUCCUUGAGGAGAGGCCAGAAGGCCAGGGCGCUGGCGAGGAGAGCAGCAUCUGCAAGGCACAGCAUGGCGGGCUGCAGAGCCGUAGGGCCCGGAUCCACCAGCAGAUCAACAAGCAGCUACAGAUGCGGACGGGUGCUGAGAACCUCUAUAGAGCCACCAGCAACCACCGGGUCAAGGAAACAGUCGCCCUGGAGCUAAGCUACGUCAAUUCCACACUGCAGCUGCUGAAGGAGGAGCUGGAGGGGCUGGAUAGCGAUGCAGACGCAUUCCAGAUCAGGUGGGAAGGUGUUGCUGCCCCCAUGAUUCCCCUGGGCCUAAAGGAGACCAAAGAACUGGACUGGACCACACCCCUGAAGGAGCUGAUCUCUGGGCACUUUGGAGAAGAUGGCUCCUCCUACGAGGCAGAGCUGAGGGAGCUGGAGGCCCUGCGACAGGCCAUGCGGACCCCCAGCCGGGACGCUGCAGGCCUGGAGGUGCUGGCGGCCUACUACAACCAGCUCUGCUUCCUAGAGGCGCGCUUCCUUGCCCCCCCCAGGAGCCUGGGGCUCUUCUUCCACUGGUACGACUCGCUCACAGGAGUCCCAGCCCAGCAGCGCACCCUGGCCUUUGAGAAGGGCAGUGUGCUCUUCAACAUUGGCGCCCUCCACACACAGAUUGGGGCACGCCAGGACCGCUCCUGCACUGAGGGCACCAGCCGUGCAGUUGAGGCCUUCCAGAGGGCUGCUGGGGCUUUCAGCCUGCUGAGGGAGAACUUCUCCCACGCGCCAAGCCCGGACAUGAGUGCCACCUCGCUCCACGCACUGGAGCAGCUCAUGGCUGCCCAGGCCCAGGAGUGCAUCUUUGAAGGCCUCUUGCUUCCUGCCCCUGCAGCCCCCAGCGACGGCCUGGCCCAGCUGCACCUGGCUCAGGAGGCUGCUCAGGUGGCAGCCAAAUAUAGGCUUGUGUACCAGACCAUGGCUCAGCCACCUGCCCAUGACUGUAUGCCAGUCUCCUGGACUGCUCUGGUGCACGUCAAGGCUGAAUACUUCCACUCCCUGGCUCACUACCAUGCGGCUGUGGCCCUCUGCGAUGGUUCCUUGGCGGACAAGGGAGAGCUCCCUGUGCUACAGCAGGUCUUCCUCCAGCCCCCCGACUGCUCUGUUCCCCAAGGCCCGGUGCUGCCACAGGAGUCUGAAGAGCACAGGAAACUUGGCAAGGCCCACCUGAAGCGUGCCAUCCUAGGGCAGGAGGAAGCUCUGCGGCUACAUGCUGUGUGCCCCAUCCCACGCGAGGUGGAUCUGCUACAGGCUGUGGUGGCCCAGGCGCUGCAGCGUUCUCUGGCCAGGUAUUUGGAGCUGGACCGUGAGGAUGACUUCUGUGAAGCUGCGGAGGCCCCAGACAUCCAGCCUAAGACCUACCACAAGCUGGAGGCCAGGACCCCCUGCCUGUCCCAGGUGAAAGUGGCUGAUAUUUUCCACCGGCUGGGGCCCCUGUCCGUGUUCUCAACCAAGAACCAGUGGCGGCUGGUGGGGCCUAUCCAUGUGACCCGAGGAGAGGGUGGCUUUGGCUUCACACUUCGGGGAGACUCGCCUGUCCUCAUCGCUGCUGUCGUUCCAGGGGGCCGAGCUGCGGCAGCUGGACUGAAAGGGGGUGACUAUAUCGUGUCGGUGAACGGGCAGCCAUGCAAGUGGUGGAAGCAUGCAGAGGUGGUGGCCCAGCUGAGGGCUGUGGGGGAGGCCGGUGUGAGCCUGCAGGUGGUGUCUCUGCUGCCCAGCUCCGGGUCACCUGGCAAGGGGGACCACUGUCCAGGCCUGCUGGGUCCUGGAGGACUUCUGAAGAGCCAGAGGGACCAUGUUUGCAAAACACCAGCACCUGCGCGGGCCAGCCCCUGGCCCCUCCUUGGCUGGAGCUGGAAGGCCAAGCAGGGCAAGAGCAGAGGCUGUGCAGCACCCUGAACCCUGGCAGGGGCUUCAGCAACUACCCACAAGCCACACACUGAGCAUCCGGGGUGGCCUUAAGGGGCUGCUCCUUGCAUACCUCCUCUCCCCCAGUACUGGCUCUGGCUGGCUGAGGGCAGCCAUCAGGCCCACACACAUCCCAGCGAACCUUCAGGCAGUGCCCACGGUGCCUGAGGUUGCACCUGCCUACACAUUAGAGACCUGGGCCAAGGAGGUGGGUCUGGGUCCAGUACUCGGACUAUGGCCACUUCACACACAGGAGCAUCCCAGGCCUCUCUGGGCUGUCCUCACACACCCCAGGCCACCAUCUGGGGCAGCAGGGGAGAGGCUUAGCAGAGUCUGAUGGUCCAGUCUUGGGAAGCUGGGGCUGAUGCUGCACCUUGCCAUAGGCCUCCUUGGUGGGGCUACCUUCUGACUACCUUUUAGGGCCCUGCCUACCCUGUUGCUUCCCUGGGCACAGACACUCUAGUCUCAGCCAUGUCCAGUUCUGAGCUCCUGCUGGUGCAGUGAAUCCUGCCAGGCACCCUCAUUCCAAUUGCCCAACCCGGGGCUUCCCUUCCUGCCCUGCUCCAGGUUCCCCAGAGGAGUGGACUUAUGACCCAGGCUCCAGAGGGGGUGCCGACAAGGGCCAUCUAGGGGCAGGCCCAAGCUGCAUGCAAGAGAAGCCAUGAUAACUCCCCACUCAUAACCCCAGGCAGCCCACAGUGAGGACAGGGCUGGCCGAGAAUCGUCCCCAGCGACCGCCAGGGGGCAGCUGCUACCCACUCAGCUGGCCCAGGUGAAGGCUUUUAAGGCAGGCGAGGGUUUGGGGAGGAGCAUGCAGCACCUUUGCAGUCUGAGACCCCCACCCUUAUCCAGUCCUUUCUGAGAGUUCCCAGGUGGGAGCAGGCCCUCUUCGUCAGAGCUCUGGGUCUAGGGUCCUGUGCCUGUCACCUGUUUCCACUAGUGCCAGGCUAUGGGGGAGAGGUGAUCGGUGUGAAUGGGGGUGCUGUGCAGGUGUUCAGGGAGACUUUGGAGAGAGGUGCAUCCUUUCCCAACAUCCUCCCUCUUGGGAGAAUUGGUGUAUCAGCAUAACGGGCCAAGGUCGCACAGGUCUCCUCAGCACUUACUAAUUUGAUUAAUAAAAGUGU